AUGAAGCCCAAUCAGUCUGAUGUUGAUCUUCAAUCGCUGAGCUUUGUGAGGCACAAGUUGGAUUCGGAUAAAGAGUCCGCCUUACCAAAGCUAGAGUUGGAGGAACAGGAUCCCUUUGGAGAUGAAAGCCAAGCUGGCGUAAAAUACAAGACCAUGGCGUGGUGGCAGGCCGGCAUGAUUAUGAUCGCAGAAACCAUCUCCCUUGGUAUUCUCGCGCUGCCCAAAGCGCUUGCGGUACUAGGUCUUAUUCCCGGCAUCCUCACCAUCUUUGGGGUUGGGACAGUCUCGACGUAUACUGCAUAUACCAUUGGGCAAUUCAAAUGCCGCCAUGUUCAAGUACACAGUAUGGCUGAUGCCGGUGAUCUUCUGAUGGGAGGGAUCGGACGGAGUACACUGGACGUGGCCCAGCUCAUCUUUUUUGUAUUGGUGAUGGGGAGCCAUAUCCUCACUUUCUCGAUCAUGAUGAACGUCCUUACUGAACAUUCCUCUUGCACCAUCAUCUUUUCGGUUGUCGGUUUACUCGCCUCGUUCAUGUUGACCCUCCCACGGCGACUAGAGAGACUCUCUCACAUCUCCUCCGUGAGCUUUGUGAGUAUUGUCGGAGCGGUUCUCACUGGUAUGAUUGGGGUUACCCUUGUCAAACAAGGACCAGUGCAUGUCCCGGCCUUUUCUCCUUUGCCCAAAGUGCACGAUGCAUGUCUUGCUAUUGCAAAUAUCAUCUUUGCCUACGCAGGACAUGUUGCGUUCUUUACCCUUUUCUCUGAGCUCAAGGAGCUCCAGGAUUUCCCGAAGGCUCUGGCGCUUUUGCAGAUGAGUGAAAUGGUCUUGUAUACGGUGGCUGCUAUUGUGAUAUACGCCUAUAUUGGACCGACUGUCAACUCACCUGCUCUCAAUUCUGCAGGACAAUUAUUUCGCAAGAUUUCCUAUGCAAUCGCAAUACCCACAGCACGUACCUGUUCCCCCGUGGACUUCUUCGGAUAUGAGCUAACCAUUGGAUAG